UGGCAAGACUUCUAUCUGAGCGCAGCAAGUGCCAAAACAGGACAGCAGCCGUCGCAUGCGUGCACUACUCCCUGUGGGUUGGCAUGGUGACCGUGACCCAGUGCUUCAACCAGGGCCCUUCAGCGGCACCGCCCUUUCUCCUUCCAGAUGCUUCCGGGAAGAUUGUCGUCUCUCAAGGUAGCGAGCUCACGACACCUCACCAAGGAGAGGACUCUCAAGUUGGACUCACUUCCUCACGGUCGCAGACUGAUAUUGAUGUCAAUCUCGAGGUUGCUGCUCCAGAAGUCGGCGAGUCCAAUGUGCCGGCCAAUGGGAACAGCAUGGUGGCCAGCCAGCUGCUUUAUCUCCUCGAACUGAGCUGCAGCAUGCCAUCGUCCUCAUACGAUGGUGUUAUCCGUGCGGAUGGUGAAGUAUUGCUCGUCGAGGUACGGGCGCCAGACUUUGAGAUCGUGGAUGACGGCGAGGAGCUCCUUCUCGUCGGAGAGGUAAUUCAUUUCUGCGGGAAGGAGUUUCUUGUUGGCGAAGGCAAUGGGGUAUUUGCCCGGUGGAGCCUCGGGGUGGGUGGGGGAUUCCUUGAUGGAGGGAGUUUCGGUGGUGUCACGAGGGAAAUGUUGGGACAGGACGACUCCCAUGGUGAAGUCGGAGGCGUCGGUGGUGACGUAGAAAUGGCGAGUGGGGUCGGCGAUCUUGAGGACGGGGGCGGUGGUGAUGAGUUGUUUGAUGGCAUCGAAGGCAUUUUGGCGGCGGUCGUUCCAAGUGAAGGGUUCGUCCUUGCGGGCGAGUUCGUGGAGAGGGUACAAGAUGUCGGAGAAGUUGCGGAUAAAGGGGCGGUAGUAGUUGGCAAGGCUGAGAAAUGAUCGAAGUUGGAGUAGGGUCUUGGGAGGUGGGUACUCGAUGAGGGCGGUGACCUUCGAUGGGUCCAUGCGGAUACCUUAAGCGGAGACAA